AUGGACGACGGAAGGAGCUCCCGCAUCACUACCUCCUUCCUGCUGGCGAACCUACACUGUCCGUCAUGUGUCUCUUCGAUCCAGCAGGCUCUUCAGGAAUCAUCUGGCCACGAUGUCAUAUGGGUUUCACCAAACGUUGUCACUUCCGUCGUCACCAUUGAACACAGACACACGCCAACCCCUGACAUCACCAUCCGAUGCAUGGCCAAGUCACUUCAAGAUGCUGGCUUUGAGAUCUGCGGUGUCACUACCACGGCUGCUACCGACACGGACCUAGAGGCAAUCACUCAGAGCCAACCGCAACCCGUGGCGGAUGCUCCCGCUCACGGCAGUGCCCUUGACGGGCUGCUUUGCUUCUCGCCUAGAUGGUCCAGGGAAUCACCCGAAGCCCAGCGGGAGGCCCAUAUUCUCAAUUGUAAGCAGUGCCGUGAAUCCGAGGACUCGUUUCAUAGCGAGGAUCGAGGUGCGCCAUCACAUACAACACCGCAACAGAACGGCCUGCGGAAAUCAAGGAGCAAAAGCAACGGCGUUGCCACUGUGAGGGACAUGACAUCAAACGGCACAAAAUGGAGAGCGACCUUCUCUGUCGGCGGCAUGACUUGUGCAUCUUGCGUAAACACCAUUAGAGAGGAACUGAACAAACGGGAUUGGAUCGACAGUGCCGCCGUCAACCUGGUCACCAACAGCGCCACGGUCGACUUUGCUGACAAGUCGAAUGCCGCGAGGAUUGCCGAGGCCAUUCAAGACAUGGGCUAUGAUGCAAACCUCGACACUCUCACAGAAUUCGCCGACAAUGCCGAUGGAGACAGUGAAGAAGACGGCGAGAGCAAAAAGUGGAGGUUGACUGUGGCUAUCGGCGGCAUGACGUGCGCCUCCUGUGCCAACACCAUCACAGAACAGUUGAGUAAGAAGGAUUGGAUCUCCAAUGUCUCGGUAAACCUGGUUGCGAACAAUGCCACGAUCGACUACACCGUUGAGGGCAAGCAGGACGAGAUCGUCCAGUCCAUCGACGACAUGGGAUACGACGCAACCCUGGAUACCGUAACGAGGGUCAGGUCUGAGGAGAAGGGCGCACAGCAGCGUACUGUCCAGAUUCUGAUCGAGGGCCUCUACUGUCAACACUGUCCCAGCCGAGUGACGCACUCUCUCACAUCGUUCACGCAUCAACUGAAGGUCGUUUCUCAGCCUACUCACGAGAAGCCUCUGGUUACCGUCAGAUACACACCAGAAGCCCCGUCCUUCACCAUCCGGCACAUUCUGUCCGCCGUCGAUGCCGCCGACCCUUCGUUCAAGGCGUCCAUCUACCACCCUCCCAGUCUCGAAGAGCGAUCCAAACUCAUCACCCAAAAGCACCAACAACAGCUUCUCCGACGAGUCUACUUGACUUUCCUGGUGACUAUUCCCACUUUCAUCAUUGGAAUCGUGUACAUGAGCCUGGUUCCCGACUCGGACCAUGGCAAGCAUUACCUCAUGAAGCCAUGGACUUCGGGUCUCAACCGAGCGCAGUUUGCCCUGUUCGUUCUCGCCACGCCUGUUUACUUCUUCGGAGCCGACGUAUUCCAUACCCGAGCCGUCAAGGAAAUCAGGAACUUGUGGCGUCGGGGAAGUAAGACGCCCAUCCUUCGACGUUUCUACAAGUUCGGAAGCAUGAACAUGCUCAUGUCUCUCGGCACAACCAUCGCCUACGUCUCGUCCAUAGGCCAGAUGAUUUCUGCUGCUAUCAGCAAGCCUGUUGAGAUCGACGACACUCACUUCUACUUCGACUCGGUCGUUUUCCUUACGCUGUUCCUCCUGCUGGGCCGUUUGAUCGAGUCUUACAGCAAGUCCAAGACAGGUGACGCUGUUGAGAUGCUGGGAAAACUGCGUCCGACCACUGCCAUUCUCGUCACCAAAGAUUCCAUUGGAAAGACCAGCGACUCGGUUGUUGGCGUGGACAUGCUCGAGUACGGUGACAUCGUUCGCGUGCCCCAUGGCGCUUCGCCUGCGGCAGACGGCAUUGUAGUCCAGGGGGAGAGCAGCUUCGACGAGUCCAGCUUGACGGGCGAGUCCCGGUUGAUCAAGAAGAUUCCUGGCGACGAGGUUCAUGCCGGCACUGUCAACAAGGACUCUGCCAUUCAGAUUCGUAUCACGGGUGCUGCUGGAGCGUCCAUGCUGGAUCGGAUUGUCUCUAUCGUUCGCGAGGGACAGACCAAGAGAGCGCCUAUGGAGCGCGUCGCUGAUGUGCUGACGGCGUACUUUGUCCCUAUCAUCACUCUGAUUGCCGUUCUCACUUGGCUCACCUGGAUGAUUCUCGGAUACACUGGUGUUGUUCCUGGACGGUACCUUGACUCGGAGAGCGGAUGGGCGGCCUUUGCUCUGCAGUUCGCUAUUGCCGUCUUUGUUGUUGCUUGCCCUUGUGGUCUGGCACUGGCGGCUCCGACGGCCAUCUUCGUCGGUGGCGGUCUCGCCGCGAAGCAUGGUAUCCUCGCCAAGGGAGGAGGAGAGGCUUUCGAAAAGGCCAGCAACGUUGACGUUGUCGUCUUCGACAAGACUGGUACACUGACCACCGGCGGAGAGCCCAAGGUCACCGACUCGAAAUUAUAUCUCGACACAGAAGACGGCACGAGCCUGGAGUCUAGCAUGGUCUGGGCUACCUUGCGAGCAAUCGAGGAGAACAGCAGCCACCCGGUGGCAAAGGCGAUUGUGUCGUUCUGCAUCGCACAGACGGACGCUUGGGUCCACGUCGAUAAUCUCCAGGAGCUCCCAGGCAAGGGCAUGAAGGCGACAAACCGCGGAGAGAAGCCAGAGGAGACUUUCGACAUGAUUGUGGGCAACGAAUCUCUCAUGCGCGAUCACGCUGCCGACUUCUCUGAACAUGUCUCUCAUCAGCUUCAAAAGUGGAAGAGUGAGGCCAAGUCGGUCGCUCUGGUGGCUGUCAGACCUACCAUGGCCAAGCCCGACGCCCGCUGGACCCUCGUCGCAGCCCUGUCCAUUUCUGAUCCCAUUCGCCCGGAGGCAGUCCGCAUCGUCAAGGCGCUCCAGGAACAAGGAACCCGCGUCUGGAUGCUCUCCGGCGACAACGUCGUCACCGCCAAGGCUGUGGCCAACCUCGUGGGCAUCGACCCGGAGAAUGUUCUGGCCGAGGUCCUUCCUUGGGAGAAGGCGGACAAGAUCACGUACCUGCAGACGGUCCUCAAGGCACGCGUCGGGCGAACCCGCGAGCAUGCUAGGAACCGCGCAAUGGUCGCCAUGGUCGGUGACGGCAUCAACGACUCCCCUGCGCUGACCAAGGCCGACGUCGGUAUUGCCAUAGGAAGCGGCAGCGACGUGGCCAUCUCGAGUGCGGACUUUGUCCUCGUCACCAGCGACUUACGCGCGGUCGUAACGCUGCUAGAGCUCAGCCGAACGGUGUUUAGGCGCAUCAAAGUCAACUUUGGAUGGGCAGUCAUCUACAACAUCCUCGCGAUCCCAAUUGCCGCAGGAUGUUUGUAUCCGAUUACGACGAGUGGAGGGCAACAUGUGCGGCUGGACCCGGUUUGGGCUAGUCUGGCAAUGGCAUUGAGCAGUAUCAGUGUGGUCUUGAGCUCUUUGGCCUUGAGGAGUAAGGUCCCAUGGGUAGGGUUCCGGGCGAAGAAGAUUGAGUAA